AUGUUUGGGCCAGAUAAGUGCGGGUACACAAAAAGGACGCACCUCAUCUUCAACUAUAAGGGAACCAACGUUCUGAAGAAAUCCGACCUGGCCUACAAGCAGGGUGAGGACUUUGGAAUCUCCCACGUGUACCGCAUGGUGCUAAAGCCGGACAACACCGUCCGUGUCGAGGUCGAUGAGGAAAAGAUCUACGAGGGAUCCAUUAAGGACGAUUGGGAGGUUUUGAAACCGAAGGAGAUCUCGGAUCCAGACGACAAAAAGCCGGAGGAUUGGGUGGAUAGUUCCAUGAUGGACGAUCCCGAGGACAAGAAGCCAGAAGAUUGGGUCGAGGAGAAGCGUAUCGUGGACGAGUCGGCUUCGAAGCCUGACGAUUGGGAUGACGAGGAGGACGGUGAGUGGGAGGCCCCCAUGAAGGACAACCCUGCGUACAAGGGCGAUUGGAGCGUGAAAAGGAUCGAGAACCCAGCGUACAAGGGGAUCUGGGAGGCAAAGAAGAUCGCCAAUCCAGAGUAUGUGGACGACGACAAGGUUUAUUCGUUCGUUGAUUUCGGCUUCUUGGGCUUCGACCUGUGGCAGGUGAAGGGUGGCACAAUUUUCGACAACGUCAUCGUGUGCGACGACGUGGCUGAGGCUGACGAGUUCGUUAAGAAGUGGAAGGCCCUGAACGAGGUCGAGAAGGCCAAGAAGAAGGAAGAAGAUGACGCCAAGAAAACCGAGAGCGCUGACGCCGAGAACGACGACGACGACGAUGCUGACGACGACAAGGCCGAGGCAGAGGAGAUGUAG